UACGCUUGCAGCUGGAGGUUGAAGAGUGAAAAAAAUAGAAUCUGGGGGAACUGGCAAGCAUAUUUACAUAUAUGUAUAUAUAUAUAUAUAUAAAUAUGAGCAAUGAGCAAUGGAGAUGAGCAUGAGGAGGAAGUUGGUGAGGCUGAAACACAUCCACCAAGCUCAUGGCUUUAUGGUUCCCAGAGGACUUCAUCAUGACACUCUUCUUCUCUCUCACUUCCUCCACCUCUGCUUUUCUCUCGGAUUCUCCGCUUACGCCUUUUCCAUCGUUGCGCUCGUCUCCAAAUUCAAAUUUAUAUCCAAAUGCAAAUCUCACUCACACACGCCCACAACUACCAUAUAUCUCUAUAACACCAUGAUCAGCCUGCUCCUCCCUACUCCCUCACAUGCUAUCUCUCUUUUCAACCAAAUUCCUCAUGCCGGCUUGCGUCCCGAUUCCUACUCUUUCCCUUUCGUUCUCAACGCUGUUGUUCGCCUUUCCUCCCUCCCUCUGGGCGCUCAGAUUCACUGCCAGACUAUUGCCACUGGUUUGCACUCCCAUCUCAACGUCGUCGCUGCUCUCGUCCGAAUGUAUUCAUCUUGUGGUUGUGUUUUUUCUGCUCGGAAGCUUUUCGACGGUGUCAAAUUUCGAGAUGUAUCUCUCUGGAACGCCAUGGUAGCUGGGUAUGCAAAGGCAGGCGAUGCUGAUAGCGCCCAGAAUGUGUUCGAGCAUAUGCCUCUGAGGCAGAGGAAUGUGAUUUCUUGGACUGCCGUGAUUGCAGGGUAUGCCCAAAUGAAACGGCCGAAGGAGGCUAUCCACAUCUUCGUUAGAAUGCAACUUGCGAAUGUGGAGCCCGAUGAAAUCGCAUUGUUGGCCGUACUCUCUGCUUGUGCCAAUCUGGGUGCCCUCCGUUUUGGGGUUUGGCUCCAUAACUAUAUUCAAAAACGUGGAUUUUCUGGACUGAUUACUCUUCAAAAUGCGCUCAUUGACAUGUAUGCAAAAUCCGGCAAAAUAAGGAAAGCCCUGGAUCUUUUUGAAAUUGUGAAAGUUAAAAAUGUUGUAACUUGGACAACGAUGAUUUCUGGCCUAGCUCUUCAUGGCCUUGGACGAGAAGCCAUUCAAAUGUUCUCUCGCAUGGAAAGUGCUCUAGUUAAGCCCAAUGACGUUACUUUCAUGGCCAUCCUUUCUGCUUGUAGUCAUGCUGGGUUGGUUGAAACGGGCAGUUGGUACUUCAACAUCAUGGCUUCUACAUAUGGGAUCCAGCCGAAGAUUGAACACUAUGGCUGCAUGAUCGAUUUACUGGGGCGGGCUGGUUAUCUUCGAGAAGCAUUAGAACUUGUUAGGAGGAUGCCAUUUGAAGCAAAUGCUGCCAUAUGGGGAUCUCUUCUUGCUUCUUCUAAAAUACACGGUGAUGCCAACCUUGGUGAUCAUGCUUUGCAGCUUCUGAUUAAGUUGGAGCCACAUAAUAGUGGAAACUAUGCACUUUUGUCUAAUAUUUACGCUGCUCAAGGUAGAUGGACUGAAUCUGGGAUGGUAAGGAAGGUGAUGAGAGAUACGGGUGUGAAGAAGAUGUCAGGCUGGAGUUUCACUGAAGUGAAUGACACAGUUCAUCAAUUCAUUGCGGGAGAUAAAUCGCAUUCUGAGUUUUGUAGAAUACAUGAUAUCCUACUUACAAUAUAUGAGCAAUUGGACCAGGCUGGCAAUCUGCAGGAGGAAAGCAAUGGGCUGCUCAAAUUUGGUGAGUGAGCAUGGAGUGAUGCUAGUUUUAUCUUUGUGAAUCUGCCAUUAAAUCAGUUUGAGUAACCUAGAAGACAUCGUGUGACUCAAUUCUGCUCUUGUGCUGAAAGAAAGAUUACAAUGUACAUAUAUUGAAAAGAUUGGAUAAACUGUUUAUGGAGAAGAGAAGAGAAGGUCAGCAAAGUGAAGGUCUUCUUGAUAAUCUUGUAUGGUUGCCGGCCAGUUUAUCAAAUUGUAAAAUUUGCUGCUGGACUUGAAUGAUAUUGGAUAGGACUGGAGCUUUGCUACAUCAGCAUAUUUGUGAUAGCAUUUCUUUCACGAAAUUCAUCAUCGCAUUUUCCUUCUGCUCUCUCUCUUCCUGAUAUCCGAGGUUAAAUCAAAUGGCCAUUGUUAGCGUGGAUCAAAUUUAGAAAAAGACAAAGCAACUUUCUGCAUCAGUUUAGAUGAGGUUAUAAGAGUACUUGUAGGCUAAUGCAAACCAUCAGGAACCAAGUAAAGUGUUCGACCACUCCUGAAUGUUGUUAUUCAUCCAUUCAGGCAUUGAUGACAUCUCCAAGAGCUGAAAGCGACAAGUUGAUGGCUUUUCCUUCAUCAAGUCUUCUACCCCAUGCCUUUGUCUUAAGCACACGCUCACUUCCCCCAAGGUCGAUUAACCAAACUUUAUUUGUUUCUCUACGCCUCUCUGGAGCAUCAUAACAUGUGAUUGACAAACGAAUCAAGCUGUAGAAAAAAGGCGCAACUGUGUGUGCUUGCGCACAAGCUAUCUUGAAUAAAAGAAGGGAAUCAUACUCGUGGAAAGAGGAGCAUUUGCGAGGGUUUACAAGAGUGAACAUCAAACAGAUAAAUUCUAGAUGGUAAUAAAAACGCCGAUUAUAUCACAUGUUUUUAGAGACUAUACUUGAUCCAUCUGACACCUUGAACUUGGCGAUAUAGCAAAUAAAAUAGGCCAUUAUUGCUGGUGUCUGUGUAUGGUUUCCUUUUUGGACUGAAAACUUGGACCUUCUUUUGUAAGAACACUUGAAGUGCAAUGUUUACUUUCAGUUUAACACA